AUGGGAAACCCUUCAAUCGCUUGUAUCGGCAUAAUUGGAAAGCUCGACAAUCCUCUCCAUAUCUCGAUAUUCCCCCCUCAUGAGGAAUCCAGACUCGAGCUUUCACUUCUCCUUAACUCAUGUCUUGACCUUUUCGAAAUACGCCGAAAACACACGGCAGUGGAUCAAGGCCUAGGCCUAUUACAUGCUUUUGACGAGAGGUUUGCUGCCUAUGGUUGGCUAACGAAUACUGACGUGAAACUUUUGAUAAUCGUUGACAUGGAUGGAAGAGUCACAUCCGAUAUCGACAAGAAAAGGGUGCAGCCACUUGCGGGUCUCCGUGAUGCUGACUUGAAACCGGCCUUCCGGACAAUACAAACAACGUACAUUAAGCUCUUGCAAAACCCCUUCUAUAAGGCCCAUGAUGCAACACCAGUAGGAAGAGCUCCUAUGUGUGUGCCAGAGUCUUUUAAAACGGCCAAUAGUCGGUUCAUUCAAGAAAUUGAGGAGAUUGGUAAAUGCUGGAAUGUUGGGAUGACAGGGGUACUGGUCAGUGGGACCAUGAAUUUCACAUUUGAUUUGAUUUGA